GUACACAUAUUAGAAUUCCCUCAAACCAAUAAAUACCAAACUUAACCCUUCUCAAUAAACCCUAGAAGCAGAAGCAGAAGCAGAAGGCAAACUUUCUCGCGCUAGCGUCUCAUUUUUGGCACAGCCGCCUCUGCUCGUACUGGACCAAACAUGAAGUUCAACAUUGCCAACCCCACUACGGGAUGCCAAAAGAAGCUGGAAAUCGACGAUGACCAGAAACUCCGGGCUUUUUUCGACAAGAGGAUCUCACAGGAGGUCAGCGGAGAUGCACUUGGAGAGGAAUUUAAGGGUUAUGUUUUCAAGAUUAUGGGAGGUUGUGACAAGCAAGGGUUUCCCAUGAAGCAGGGAGUGUUGACUCCUGGCCGUGUCCGACUCUUGCUUCACAGAGGAACCCCUUGCUUUCGCGGUUAUGGAAGGCGAAAUGGAGAACGCAGGAGGAAGUCUGUCCGCGGAUGCAUUGUCAGCCAAGACCUUUCUGUUUUGAACUUGGUAAUUGUGAAGAAGGGAGAGCAAGAUCUGCCUGGACUGACAGACACUGAGAAACCAAGAAUGAGAGGACCUAAGAGGGCUUCAAAGAUCCGCAAGCUCUUUAAUCUCUCAAAAGAGGAUGAUGUUCGGAAGUACGUAAAUACUUACCGCAGAUCAUUCACAACUAAAUCUGGUAAGAAGGUUAGUAAAGCUCCCAAAAUUCAGAGGUUGGUUACUCCAUUGACCUUGCAAAGAAAGCGAGCAAGAAUUGCUGACAAGAAGAAAAGAAUUGCUAAGGCCAAGUCAGAGGCCGCUGAGUACCAGAAGCUUCUUGCCACAAGAUUGAAGGAGCAGAGAGAACGACGAAGUGAGAGCUUAGCCAAGAAAAGAUCCAGGCUCUCUGCUGCAUCUAAGCCAUCUGUUGCAGCUUAGGUCCAUGUUACUUAAAAUCAUGGAGUUUUGUUAGCAAGAUGAAAUGUUUAAGGUUUUUAUUUGAAUUUUCAUACCUUGAGGUGUUUCGUUUGAUGAUUAUGAAAAGUGCCUUGACGCUUCUUAGUUCAUUGAAUUCUUAAUGUCAUUUCGACAGUUUUCUAUAAUUUCAUGGGAAUAUUAUUGAAUUUUGCAUGAGUUAAUCAA